AUGGACCAAAAUACUACCCAAAUCUCUAGAGAAUAUGAAUAUGAAAUUCAGUUUUUUGGAUUCACUCCAGAUUCAUUCGUAAAUGGAGGUAAGACUGAGUUCUAAUGUCAUCUUGUUUAGAAAGCUAAUCAACUUAACUCAGCUGAGAUAGUUUUUGUGUCCACAGAACUUUUCCUUUUUGUGUAUUACUUCCUCAGUUUAUAAUGCUGUUAAUGACUAUGUGGUUGACUGCUUUCAAGAACUUGAAAAUCUUGUCAAAAGCGAGGUAGGUCUUAACAUUGAGUUUGAAUCUAUAGUCUGUAUGCUUUGACACUUUACAGCACUCACUUUUGAACUUCGUCCUAAAUAGAUAGUGGAUAGUGGGCAAGGGCCUGUUUGGAGUGGGGUAGAGACAAGAAAAGUUAAAAAAGUUCAAAUUUCAAGUAAUCCGUAUCGCAGGCUUAGAUGUUUUCCGUAUAACAACAGUUUAGCUUUUUGAAGUGCAAGCAAGAAUCUGACAUAUGGGAUACCCCCACCCCUGCCCACCACCAAGGGUCAACAAAACCUGAAUCGUAGCCUUGUAGUAGGCGCCGGUAAUUAUUACAUAACAGGCUGUGCGAGGGGAACAUGAGUUGUCGAGAUUUCUUCCCUUGCCCUGAAAAAAGUUGGCACUAUGGAUGCUACCUGGAUUGGACCAGAUUGGAUCAAGCUACCUCUGUGAUUCACUAAACAACAAAAUUUAGGGAUAGGGUUACAGGGGUUGAACCGACCCAGUCCAAUCCACGUAGUGUCCUCCUCUUUCACCCCCCACCCCCACCUCUUUACAGCUGUUCACCCCAGUCCAGUUGAAUACCAACCACGAACAUCUGAUUUAUGUGAUUAUUUAACUUGAAAACUAUUACUCUCUUCACAGCCAUCACUGUCUGGAAAUGUUAAUCAAGAACAACUUCACGAGGUAUGAUUCACUACAAAAUAUUAAAGGCAGCAGCCGCUUCAGCAAAGACCAACAACAUUUUUGGUCUGAUGAUGGAGCCAGUAAUUUUUUGAAGGUUUUCAGCCCUAAAAAUUCCUGGGUUGCCAUAGCCUCCAAUUACAGACAUAUUUCCUGUUGUCACUUCUCUCCACCCUUUUUGGGUGGUGAGAAGCUACAACCGGAAAUACGUCUGCAUUCGCAGGCUAGGGAUGCCACUUAGGUGUUCACAAAGGCUUCCCAUCAGAUUACUAUUGUAUCAUUGCCCAUACAGAUCUGAAUAUUGUUAAACAAUAAUAAUAAUAUUGAUAACAAUGAAAUUACUGUAAUUCUGUAUUUCACCUAGGAAAGUGAUAAAAUGGCUAAUAAUUUCUACAAGAGCAUAGACGAGGCUUUUGACAGAUUUGAGGUAGGAAACAAAGGAAUGGUUUAUCAUAACGUUGCUAACAGUGUUUGAAUACCUGUACAUGUAACUAUAGUGUUGUUUAAAUAUAAUAUUAUUAUUUAUUAUAAUUUGUUGAUUUGUUUUUCACAGAUCUAUGUAAAGAAAAACAUCUUAAAAAUUCCUCCUCAUGUUCUCUUACCUGAAGAUAAGGUAAAAAAAUGACUAUUUCCCAUCAGGUUAAUUACCAUCUAAAGGCCCAAUGUGAUUUUGUCAUUAAUUUUGUCACUUAAUUUUAUAUGAAGACGCUUAUUAUUAAGGAGGUUGCCAGUCUGUGUAUGAAAUCCUAUGGUGCUACCAUUAGAGUGAAACCUUGAUUCGGUAGUAUUUUCACAUGGUACUAUCCUAGUAUGUUCUAAAUGUAGAGUGUGAAGAUAAUAUCCUAUGGUGUGACUAAUUUGGUUUAAAGAAAAGCACUUGUAAAGACUGUUUUGUAUUUAACAAGUAAUAACUGAUUUUACAUAUGGACAUACAUUCCUUAUUUUGUUGAUUAUUGGAUUAUUUUAUUGACUAUUAGACAAGUAAUUGUAGUUAGGUGUCCUUAGUUAGUGUACAACGUAUACUAGCAACCUUGACACUAUAAUACUGUUCUUACUUACUUACUUGCUUCCAGUUUUUAUCUUUCUUUGUUUUUGACCCAUUAAUGUACAUUAGAACUAAGGAAGUUAACUUUAAAGCCAAGGAUUUUUUUAGCACACAGCUACUAUGUUAGAUUUAUGAUAUGAAGUAGUUGAAAAACUGUUCAUUGGUCUGGUCAGGUGCACCAUGAUAAACUAUAUACAGUGGAAGAUGAGAAAAAGGUUGACAAGGAGAUUGAAGAACUGGAAAGAAAAAUCAAAGCAGUAAGUACAGGUGUCGCGGAAAGUAUUAGAGUUUGGACCUUGUAAUGUUCUUAGCCUGAGAAAACAGCCAACAUUUUGAAAUGCCACCACCGUUUUCCCUGGAAAACAACAUCUGAGGAAGGAGCACAGAAAUUCCAUUCUAAUGACGUGUCACUACCCAGAUCUGGGUAGUGCUUGGUCAUGCAACAUCUUUGCUUCAACCAAAUUGUUUGAAGCAAAGUUCCCACAUUGCACGGCCAAUCGGAAGCUCUGCCCAGAUCUGGGUAGUGACACAUCUUCAUUUUGGAAUUUCUCUACACUUGGGAAACCAGUGGUGUCGGCAAAGGUCAGCUAUUUUCUCAGGCUUCGUUAACUUUCUGCAUUUUUUUGUGGUCGGGGGGAGGGGGGAUAAGAGGAGUACUUAAGUUAAGUUUAGUGUAGCAGUUGCCACCAAAGGGGAGUAGCUACCUGUACACCAGUACAUGCAUCUGAAAAAUGUGUUCUUGUUUUUAUCUUUUUGUUCCGUUCACUUGUCUUCAAUUUUUACCGCGUUGACGGGAAAUGCAUUGAGUUUUACGUAACAAAAAAGGGAAUAAAACAGUGUGCACCUUCGGUAUUGAUCAUGGACUUUUUCAUAGUCCUGAGACCAAAGGAGAUUUUCACCUCACCAGAUUUAAAAAAUGGAAAUGUAAUCAAGUCACACACAUGAAAACAAUUGGGGAAACAGUGUUGGAUUGAUUUGGAAAACUGUGCAUACCUCCACAAAAUUUUUUAGCCCAACCCCUGCCACUUUGUCAUUAACCCUUUAAGUCCCGAUAGUGACCAACAGCAAUUUUCUCCUAACAAUGUCCAUAGAUUGUCAAGAGAUAAGGUUGUGAGAAUAUAAAAAAUGAUCAUGAAAGAGAAAUUGCCGUCAUGUUUUGUUAAAUUCUCUCAACUGAUUCUUAAAGGAAAUGUAUGGAGAUCAGGUUAGAGAAUUUGUAUGUGGAUACUGGGGCUUAAAGGGUUAAGCCAACAACAACAAAAAAAAGUGUCUAUUUUUUAGCCAAAUUACUUUGGUUGUCAAGAGGUGGUUGAAACGUGGUGUUCCACUGCAUUUCAUAAGUUAGAAAGUAGCAACCUUCCCAAUUUGAGUGCUGUGCAUUAAUAGAAAUAAAAAUUGAUAUUUUGUUUGCUGGUUAACAGUUACUGAUCACCACUUCUAAUUUAUAAUAACAGGCCAAGUAUGUAAAUACGGCACUGAAACAGGAAGUAAAGGAUUUGGAUAAUGCACAAGAACAGGUGAAUAAUGUUGGAUGUUGGGUAUGAGCUCUGGGCCCGGUUCCUCGAAGGAUAGUUAACUUUAACCCAGGAUUAAGCCAGGUUAUCUUGUCUAAGGACAUGCAACUCAAGGUUAUAAAUUCUGUUGAGCCUCUACUCUGCGACACAGUAAUAAUGACACAAACUGUUUCUCUAAGCAAUACAUAGGAAGGUAAAAUACAAAAUAGGAACAAAAUUUUAAUCCUAAAUUAGCACUAAUUGGCCUCUCAGGAACCGCACCCUGAUUUUAAAGAGUACUGUUUUUUGAAUUUUUUUGUUAAUGGACGUUUUUUGAAAACAUUUUAGCUUGACAACUUUGGAAAACAGAUGGAUGUGAUACAAAAGGCCUCAGAAGGUACUUGAAGUUCUCCAACAGUUCUUGAUCAAUAUUGUUGCCAUCAUUCGGUUUUCUCACAUAGUCUCCAGAUUUUUGUUGACUUUGUCAGAUCUACCUGUUGAAUUUUAUUUUUGUCAGGUCUCAAGGAGAGUCUUGCUGUUACAUUUGAAGAAGUAAAGAAAGUUCAUGAAAUGAUAUCAGAUGGGCUCAGUGCAGGAACGCUUCAAGUUCAGGUAUAAUAUUGUUCAAAUUGGCGAAAAAGUCAGCAAAUUCCCAGCUUGGCUGUGGUGAAUGAAAAGCUUUGUACUACAUGCACUAAAGACAUGUUUUUUUUUUCACUUUGUGCCCGUCUUUCAGACCUCAGCUGAUGGAAACUGGCCAAAAGACAGCAAAAAGAAGAAAAUAAAACUAGGAUGA